AUGAGUGGCACUUCAAAGCAACAACUGGGUGAUGGUGGCAAAAGUCCACAGUGUAGCCAGUCAGUAUUACCGGAGGAAGAAACUGAUCAAAUAGUUAACUCGGGUGGAGGAGAAGUUGCUCUAAAGGAAGGUAUCAAAGCUGAUCAAACAGUUAAUGCAGGUGGAGGAGAAGUUACUCUUAAGAAAGGUAGCACUUCGACGCGAAAACGUAAAGUGUCAUCAUUAUCAAGUGACAAUGAUGUUGGUAAAAGGUCAAAGCUUAGCCGGUCAAUAUUAUCGGAGGAAGAAGCUGAUCAAAGAAGAGAAGUUGCUCUAAAGAAAGGUCCAUGGACAAAGGAAGAGGAUGAAAUUUUGAAAGAUCAUAUUAAAAAGCAUGGAGAGGGAAACUGGAAAGCAGUCCAAAAGGAAUCAGGACUUGCUCGCUGUGGGAAAAGCUGUCGUCUCCGAUGGUUAAAUCACUUGAGGCCAGAAGUGAAAAAAGGUCCGUUUACUGCCGAAGAAGAACGCAUAAUCAUUGAGUGCCACUUUCUGAAGGGAAACAAGUGGGCUUAUAUGACUACAUUGUUGCCUAGACGUACAGAUAACGAGAUAAAGAACUUUUGGUACACAAGAUUUAAGAAACGGAAACGAGAUGGCUUACCAAUCUAUCCUGACGAGAUAACAUCCAAAUAUUCGUUAAAUGACAGACAAGAAAGUGCUGACACAUUGCCAAAUGAAUCCAACCAGCAUGAUGAAACAGAAACCUUCAACUUUGAUAUAUCUGACUUGGACCUUAAAUAUUACAAAUUCCGCCCAGAUAUGAUGCCACCACUUUUUGAUUCUCAAGAUUACAAACCAAUUAGCGACUUGGUUAAACAGUGCUCAGAUUCGUCUCAUAAUACCUUAUACAUGCCUAGUGCAGUAGUUCAACAAAGAUAUUUUUUCAGUAGCAGGAGUGCUGCUGUCCCGGAAGUAUUUGAUCAGUAUGGACAAUACCCUAUGUUGUCUACUCCAUGUGAUCCGAUUCUCAACACCAACCUUCUUCAUGGAUAUGAUAACCCUAUAACUGGUUUUAAUGCCGCGUCAAAUAUCUCUUCUUCUGAACCCAUAUAUGGAUCCAUGAAUUUUGAGCCUCCUUCAUUCCAAAAUUCACAAACUCAACAACCUACCUGGAGCGACAUGGAUGUGCCGCCACUUCCCUCAUUUGAGUAUGUUGACACGCCAGUUCAGGCUCCUCCAAUUGAGUUUUGUCCGCCAGUUCCAGAUUUUCCGGAUUGGGGUCAGUUAACUGAUGCAAUAGAACUUCCCUCAUUUGAGUAUGUUGACACGCCAGUUCAAGUUCCUCCAAUUGAGUCUUGUCCGCCAGUUCAGGCUCCUCCAAUUGAGUCUUGCCCGCCAGUUCCAGAUUCUCCGGAUUGCUGUCAUUUAAUUGAUCCAAUAGAUUAUGAUCACGAUGCUAUAGUUGCUAACCAAAUAAACUUCUUAAGACAGGUCCGCUCAGAAAUUAAAGCAUUCAAUGAUCAGCUUCCAGCUUAUUAUACUUCCAACAAAAAGAUAAUUUGA